GGAGGAGUCUGUGCAUGACGCCGAGCAGACGGAGAGAGACGCGCGGGUCCGGGCUGUCAGAAACGAGCUGGAGCAGGGGCGCAUGCGCACCAUCGAGGCCAUGCAGCAGUAAGACGUCACCCAUUCAAAACAGAGGCAAGCCCGGACACACACCGAGCGAGAGACCGCUCUGCACGACUGACCCACCCGCCUCAGGCAUCAGCUGAGGUCCGCUGACCAGAACCCAUCCACCCCACCUCCAGCGCUCUCCCCUGGUUUUACUACAUUACUAUUUAUAUUAGCAUUAGCUGCUGCUUUUUUUUCUUCAGUGAGCAUCACGCUACCUGCCGAAGCGAUUCCUCCACGAUCCUCCACGAUCCUCCACGGAGCUCCCCGCUGCUCCCCGCUGCCCACUCCGGGGACAUCGCGAUGGUUCUCGAGGAUGAGCUGAGCACCGCCGCGGCGAACGGACGCACCGCGGCUGUGGAUGGUCUCCUCCAGGCAGGGGCGGACGUUAACGGCCUGAACCGAUUCGGACGGAGGGCUCUGCAGGUGAUGAUGAUGGGGAGCGAAGCGGUGGCUCAGCUCUUACUCGGCCACGGAGCGGACCCCAACGUGGCGGACAGCAGCACCGGGAGCACGCCGCUGCAUGACGCGGCCAGGACGGGCCAUGUGGGCACCGUGCGGCUGCUGGUGGAGCACCAGGCUGACCCAGAGGCCCGGGACAACAAACAACGUCGGGCCGUGGACUUGGCCGAGGAGUACGGCAACAAGGACGUGGUUGCCUUCCUGGAGAAUCUGUGAAACACACCGUGCUGCGGGGCGUUGUGAACCGGGAGGCAGAGCUCUGAGAGGCGGACCCCGCUGCGGGGGCCUGCAGCCUCGAACCGCCUCGAACCACUCAGUGACUGCUGUGAGAUCCGUUUUUAUUUAUUUGUUUCAUUUAAACAAGAUUGCUUCACUUCUAACGAAAUCAGGGUCAUCUACAGGCACAGCGUCGCUAACAUGUCAAACACGAGCUUAAAAAAAAGCUGCAAUAACAAUCUAAAUGCUGUCACACUUCUCAGUUUUUAUUUAUUGUUUAGCUUCAGUUGUGUCAUUGAAACACUCCAUUAAGUGUAAAGCAAUCCAGUUGAGCGUUUUACUGUAAUAUUUGUAUAGUAUAGUAUUUUUAAGGUAUGCUUGUGGUUGAUUUUUCUCAUACUUCCAAUGAGCACACUGAAUUUUGAAUAGUUUGCCAUGACAGACAUUUAACCAAAUAGCACAAAAGCCAUUGAAAAAUGUUUUGCACAUUGGAACAUUAGUGUCUUUACUGUGAUGCACUAUUCUGUGAGAAUUAUCCCUAUAGUCCAAUUUCCUCUUCGUGAACAUGAUCAACAGAUCUGGGAUAGUAUGCACUUUAAUAAAAUGUCCCUUCUUAAGAUUGAUCAUGUGUUUAAAGGUGGGGAGACGCAAAAGCAAGUGGGUUAUGCUUCACAUGCAGUAAUGGCUGAUUUAAUGUACCAGAGGAAGAAAACUAAAAAAAUCAAGCUAUGAUUAUUUAUAUUUGAAUUUUGUUACAAGUUUGAAGACCUAAAAUGUCAAUGCACUGUUGAGCCCAUGGCAGGAAAUUAAAAUAUUUUUAAUUA